AUGUCCGACACCAUCGCCCCGCUCUCCCUAAGUCAAGAGAAAUCCGCAGAUCUCAUCUCGCUGUUGACGGAUGGGCUGCUCCAUAUCAAAGAUCAAAGUGGUAGAUUCUUGUUGAAACUCCACGAUGGUACAUUGGUAGACACAAAGGGAUGGGAGCACCCCACCGUCUUCUCGUGGGAGUGGACCCACGGUAUCGCUCUUACCGCCUUAUGUCAUCACUCAGCCCUUGACCCUUCCUCCCCCGGUGCCCAGAAGUCUCUGAAGGUCGCUCUUGACUGGUUCGAGACGCAGUGGAAGAGGACUGACGGUAAAGGAGCACCUAAAAAUAUCAACACCAUGUCACCCUUCUACUCCCUCGCCUGCUUUGUUGAGGAUGGACGAACGAAAGAUCCUAAAUGGAACGGAUGGAUCGAUGAGUGGGCUGAAUGGAUCAUGAAUGGUCUGCCAAGAACGGAAGAAGGUGGUUUCCAACACAUGACAUACGUUAACAUGCACGAAAACAACUUGUGGGAUGAUACACUCAUGAUGUCCGUUAUUCCUCUUGCCAAGAUUGGUAUAUUACUCAAACGACCUCAUUAUAUUGACGAAGCGAAAUAUCAAUUCCUGAUUCACAUCAAAUACCUUGCCGACACUGUUUCGGGAUUAUGGUACCACGGAUGGCAAUUUACACCUGAGAAGCUUGAAGGAGGUAAAGGUGGUGCAGAGACCAAUGGAGGUCAUAAUUUCGCUAAAGGUCUUUGGGCUAGAGGUAAUUGUUGGAUCACCGUAUCCAUCCCUAUGUUCCUUGAUAUCCUGGGCGACAAGCUUCCACCCACCGACCCAAUUUACAGACAUUUGGUAUCGAUAUGGCGAAGACAAGUGGAUGCCUUUGUACGAUCUCAAGAUCCAAAGACUGGCCUAUGGCAUACUCUCAUCGUCGAUCCUACUUCCUACGUGGAGACUAGUGCCGCUGCUGGUGUGGUUGCAGGUAUAUACAUGGGUAUAAGACAAGGACUCAUCUCUGACCCUAUAUACCGACAAUGUGCUGAUACCGGAUUGGCCGGUGUGAUCGCUCAAAUACAACCGGAUGGUGAAGUUGCCAAUGUCAGUUUCGGUACUGGUAUGGGACAUUCUCUCCAAUUCUACAAGGACAUCGCGAUCACUUCGAUGCCUUACGGUCAAGCUCUCGCCAUGCACGCUUUGGUAGAAUGGCAAAGGUUGCAAAGAGGUGAAGGUGCUGCCUCUAAGGCAUAA